UUAUGUUCCCAUCCCCCUCCUCCCCUAGUUCCCGGCAGGUGUUUCCACGCGGGUAGCUGGGUGUGCGCUAGGGUGAAAGGGCCCUAGUUCUCCGUAAAUUUUCCAUGUAGUCUCUAAAGGGCUCAGUGACUCCCCCAAGUUUCCGUUAGUACUCCAGCCGUGCCAGAAACAUUCUCAUUCCCUCAGAAAAGCCCCAGUAAUAUUCCAGCGUUCAUCCCGAGGCCGGUUCUCUAGCUCAAACGACCGCUGGGACGUGCCCAUCCAGCUCCCAGUUUCCCCAGUAACAAUCCUGUAUUCCUGGGAAUCUCGGCAACUUUACAGUGACCCCCGGUAAUUCCAGCAUCCCUGGUUUCGUGUCAGUAAUGGCGCCAGCAUCGUUCCCAAAGUUCCAGUAAUGCUCCACACUGUCAGAGACCCCAUAACUUUAUUAAUGCGUGAGAGUAAAGCUCCAACAUCAGCCAGGAACACCUUGUGACCCCGCCCCACUCCGAGCAUCUCGGGAUCCUUCCGAGACCUCGACAUCACCCCAGGACCCCUUGUGUGGUAGUUUGCCGGCAGCACUCCCAGCGCCCCGGCCUGUGGGUUUCCCGAGGGGCAGGUUUAGGUCAGAAGCCAGUCGUCUCCUCGACCCCCCAUGGCUUGAAGACCCCAGUUUCCCUGGGAAGGUCCAUCCAGCCUUCGCAGGGGGGUGCGGCCUAGCGUCUGCUGGGUCAGAAUUGAUCAAUCCCGCAGGGAAGAAGCCAGGAAGGGGCCAUUUGCGGGAGGAAGUCGGUCCUCUUGGGCGCCCGUGCAGUGGCUGCUGACUGGGUGUCUGGCAGGCUGCCCUUUAGCCCCAGGGUGGGGCUCUACCGCUGGGGCGUCUGCCGGCCCAGCAUAUGGGUGACGGGAGCCAGGCGGGGAACCAGGGACCCCCCCCCCCCCUCCCUAGCCCGGGACUCAAGGUCCACCUGCACCACUUCUCUGCUCUUCAGUGCCCCUCCAGCUGUCCUCUGGCCAGCAACGCCAUCCAGGUGGCCCGUACGAAAGAGGCAAGGCUCAUGGACUCGGGGCUACCAGACCUGCCUCCCAGUCUGAAGCAACUGAUGGAGGCUCCGCUGCAAACCGGAAUGGUGCUGGGCGUGAUGAUUGGGGCUGGAGUCGCGGUGCUGGUCACUGCCGUAUUCAUCCUCCUGCUGGUGCGGAGACUGCGAGUGCAGAAGACUCCAGCCCCGGAUGGUCCCAGGUAUCGAUUCCGGAAGAGGGACAAAGUGCUUUUCUAUGGUCGGAAGAUUAUGCGGAAGGUAUCACAAUCCACUUCCUCCCUGGUGGAUGCUUCGGUCUCCACCACUUCCCGGCCACGCAUGAAGAAGAAACUUAAGAUGCUCAACAUUGCCAAGAAGAUCCUGCGCAUCCAAAAAGAGGCCCCAACACUGCAGCGGAAGGAGCCCCCGCCCGCGGUGCUUGAAGCUGACUUGACGGAGGGCGACCUGGCUAACUCCCACCUGCCCUCCGAGGUGCUCUACAUGCUUAAGAAUGUCCGGGUGCUGGGCCACUUCGAGAAGCCGCUCUUCCUGGAGCUCUGCCGACACAUGGUCUUCCAGCGGCUCAGCCAGGGUGACUACGUCUUCCGGCCAGGCCAGCCGGAUGCCAGUAUCUAUGUGGUGCAGGAUGGGCUGCUGGAGCUCUGUCUGCCAGGGCCUGACGGGAAGGAGUGUGUGGUGAAGGAAGUGGUCCCUGGGGACAGUGUCAACAGCCUCCUGAGCAUCCUGGACGUCAUCACCGGCCACCAGCACCCCCAGCGCACUGUGUCCGCCCGGGCGGCCCGAGACUCCACGGUGCUGCGGCUGCCAGUGGAGGCCUUCUCUGCCGUGUUCACCAAGUACCCCGAGAGCUUGGUGCGGGUGGUGCAGAUUAUCAUGGUGAGGCUGCAGCGGGUUACCUUCCUGGCGCUCCACAACUACCUGGGUCUGACCAAUGAGCUCUUCAGCCACGAGAUCCAGCCCCUGCGCCUCUUCCCCAGCCCUGGCCUCCCAGCCCGCACCAGCCCCGUGCGUGGCUCCAAGCGGGUGGUCAGCGCCUCCGCCACUGAGGAGCCAAGGGAGACUCCCGGCCGGCCACCUGACCCCACUGGGGCCCCGCUGCCUGGACCUGCAGGGGACCCGGUGAAGCCCACCUCCCUGGAGGCCCCCUCCGCCCCGCUGCUGAGUCGCUGCAUCUCCCUGCCAGUGGACAUCUCAGGCUUGCAGGGUGGCCCCCGCUCGGACUUUGACAUGGCGUAUGAGCGUGGCCGGAUCUCCGUGUCCCUGCAGGAAGAGGCUUCAGGGGGGCCCCAGGCGGCUCCCGCUCGGACCCCCACUCAGGAGCCCCGGGAGCAGCCAGCGGGUGCCUGUGAGCACAGCUUCUGUGAGGAGGAGUUGGCCACGGGGGGUUGCCCCUUCGGGCCCUACCAGGGACGCCAGACAAGCAGCAUCUUUGAGGCGGCGAAGCGGGAGCUGGCCAAACUGAUGCGGAUCGAGGACCCCUCCCUCCUCAACAGCCGGGUCCUGCUCCAUCAUGCCAAAGCUGGCACCGUCAUCGCCCGCCAGGGGGACCAGGACGUGAGCCUGCACUUUGUGCUGUGGGGCUGCCUGCACGUGUAUCAGCGCAUGAUCGACAAGGCGGAGGACGUGUGCCUGUUCGUGGCACAACCCGGAGAGCUGGUGGGUCAGCUGGCGGUGCUCACCGGGGAGCCCCUUAUCUUCACACUGAGAGCCCAGCGAGACUGCACCUUCCUGAGGAUCUCUAAGUCUGACUUCUAUGAGAUCAUGCGUGCACAGCCCAGUGUGGUGCUGAGCGCCGCGCACACGGUGGCCGCGAGGAUGUCGCCCUUCGUGCGCCAGAUGGACUUUGCCAUCGACUGGACGGCGGUGGAGGCGGGACGCGCUUUGUACAGGCAGGGCGACCGCUCCGACUGCACCUACAUCGUGCUCAAUGGGCGGCUGCGCAGUGUCAUCCAGCGCGGCAGCGGCAAGAAGGAGCUGGUGGGCGAAUACGGCCGCGGCGACCUCAUUGGCGUGGUGGAGGCGCUGACACGACAGCCUCGUGCCACGACGGUGCACGCGGUGCGCGACACGGAGCUGGCCAAACUCCCCGAGGGCACCCUGGGCCACAUCAAACGUCGUUACCCGCAGGUCGUAACCCGCCUCAUCCACCUGCUAAGCCAGAAAAUUUUGGGGAAUUUGCAGCAGCUGCAAGGACCCUUCCCGGGCUCGGGACUCGGCGUCCCCCCUCACUCGGAACUUACCAACCCAGCCAGCAACUUGGCAACCGUGGCGGUCCUGCCAGUGUGCGCCGAGGUGCCCAUGGUGGCCUUCACCCUGGAGCUGCAGCAUGCUCUGCAAGCGAUUGGUCCAACGCUCCUCCUCAACAGUGACAUCAUCCGGGCCCGCCUAGGGGCUUCUGCCCUGGAUAGCAUCCAAGAGUUCCGGCUGUCGGGGUGGCUGGCCCAGCAGGAGGAUGCCCACCGCAUAGUGCUGUACCAGACCGACGCGUCGCUGACACCCUGGACUGUGCGCUGCCUACGCCAGGCCGACUGCAUCCUCAUCGUGGGCCUGGGUGACCAGGAGCCCACUCUUGGCCAGCUGGAGCAGAUGCUGGAGAACACGGCCGUGCGCGCCCUCAAGCAGCUGGUGCUGCUGCACCGGGAGGAGGGCGCGGGCCCCACGCGCACCGUCGAGUGGCUCAACAUGCGGAGCUGGUGCUCCGGGCACUUGCAUCUGCGCUGUCCACGCCGCCUCUUCUCUCGCCGCAGCCCAGCCAAGUUGCACGAGCUCUAUGAGAAGGUUUUCUCGAGGCGCGCGGACCGGCACAGCGACUUUUCCCGCCUGGCACGGGUGCUCACAGGCAACACCAUCGCCCUGGUGCUGGGCGGGGGCGGUGCCAGGGGCUGCUCACACAUCGGCGUGCUGAAGGCAUUGGAGGAGGCAGGGGUCCCAGUCGACCUGGUGGGCGGCACGUCCAUCGGCUCCUUCAUCGGUGCCCUGUACGCUGAGGAGCGAAGCGCCAGCCGCACUAAGCAGCGGGCCCGGGAGUGGGCCAAGAACAUGACUUCGGUGGUGGAGCCGGUGCUGGACCUCACGUACCCCGUCACCUCCAUGUUCACCGGGUCGGCUUUCAACCGCGGCAUUCACCGCGUCUUCCAGGACAAGCAGAUCGAGGACCUGUGGCUGCCGUACUUCAACGUGACCACGGACAUCACCGCCUCAGCCAUGCGCGUCCACAAAGAUGGCUCCCUGUGGCGAUACGUACGCGCCAGCAUGACGCUGUCGGGCUACCUGCCCCCGCUGUGCGACCCGAAGGACGGGCACCUCCUCAUGGACGGCGGCUACAUCAACAACCUGCCAGCGGACAUCGCCCGCAGCAUGGGUGCCAAGACGGUCAUCGCCAUCGAUGUGGGGAGCCAGGAUGAGACGGACCUCAGUACCUACGGGGACAGCCUGUCUGGCUGGUGGCUGCUGUGGAAGCGGCUAAACCCCUGGACAGACAAGAUCAAGGUUCCAGACAUGGCUGAGAUCCAGUCUCGCCUGGCCUACGUGUCCUGCGUGCGGCAGCUGGAGGUUGUUAAGUCCAGCUCCUACUGCGAGUACCUGCGCCCGCCCAUCGACUGCUUCAAGACCAUGGACUUCGGGAAGUUCGACCAGAUCUAUGAUGUGGGCUACCAGUACGGGAAGGCUGUGUUUGGCGGCUGGAGCAGGGGCGACAUCAUUGAGAAGAUGCUCACGGACCGGCGGUCUGCUGACCUCAAUGAGAGCCGCCGUGCAGAUGUGCUGGCCUUCCCCAGCUCUGGCUUCACCGACUUGGCAGAGAUCGUGUCCCGGAUUGAGCCCCCCACGAGCUACGUUUCCGACGGCUGUGCUGAUGGAGAGGAGUCGGAUUGCCUGACAGAGUAUGAGGAAGACGCAGGGCCUGACUGCUCGCGGGACGAAGGGGGCUCUCCCGAGGGCGCCAGCCCCAGCACCGCCUCUGAGAUGGAGGAGGAGAAGUCAAUUCUCCGGCACCGGCGCUGCCCGCCCCCGGACCCUCCCAGCUCGGCUGUGGAUGCCUGAGGACCUCGAGAGGGUCCCCCUGGGGCUGGGCUGGGGGCGAGCCCUGUGGGGGUGGCUCAUUCCCUCUCUGCCUGCUGCUAUGCCUGCGACCCUCCUGGGUCCCCCUUGAUCCCAGCGCCCAGGGCACACACACUGGACUGCCCUGCCCCCGAGGGGAGGGACAGCACCGCACUGAGGACCCUGGAUCAGUUACUCCCAAUAAACCCUCCCCUCUUGGAA